AUGGCCCGGAUCUUCGAGUACUUCGUUGUGUGCGGAGUCGGGCCAGAAAUUCGGACCCUCGAUGGUGACAAAGGCUACCAUGGCGCUGGCAUCUUGUACUUACCUUCUCUUCUCGAUCAGUACCCUCCUUCGGAUCACUCUCUCUACCCACCCCCACCCCCUCAACUCCCCACCUGCGUUUUGCCGGCUGGGGUUGAAUUCCAUUCAUCUGGGUUCAAUUCGAAUGACCCUUCAACGUUUCCUCGGAGUUAUCCUAUUGUUUUAACUGAGGGAGAUGGGUCCAAGAUUUAUGUGAGCUGUAUUGCAUUUCGGGAUCCUGUGUGUGAGGAUAUUGCUGAGGCGUAUCGAAUUCCAGCUAAUUCGUAUGCGGACAAGUGUAUUUGUUUUGUGUCACGCGGGCCCAGCUUCCAAAUCCUGCGUGAAGCUUUGGAGGAAAUUUUUGUUCUUUGUUUUUCAGCUUCUGGAAGUAGCAAGCCAUUGUGGGAAGUCAUAGCAUAUUUAGUGUCCAAUGUACCUUUGCCUACACCUGGGAUGGAUCGAGUGCUGUUUGCUGUUGAGAAUAGCCUACUUGCUGUAGAGGUUCCACCAAAGGACGGGCUUCCUCAUGCUGAUAUAUCAUUCCAGCCUUUGGUCCAGUGUUUGGAUGUUGAUAAUUUUAUCAAACUGUUUACAGCUGUAUUGAUUGAAAGAAGGAUUUUACUCCGGUCAAACAAAUAUUCCGUUUUAACUCUUGUAUCGGAGGCCAUAUGUCAUUUAAUAUAUCCAUUUCGUUGGCAGCAUGUCUACAUUCCGCUACUAUUUUUCAGCGGAGUAGACUACAUUGAUGCUCCCACGCCAUAUAUGAUGGGCCUUCAUUCAGGUGUUGAUACUUAUGGACUGAUGAUGGAUGGUGUAGUAGUGGUUGACCUUGAGCAUAAUCGCAUCACUACAUCAGAGGACAUUCCUCCCAUACCAGAACCAGAAUACAGUUCUUUAAAAGAUGAAAUUAUGAAAUUAUUGUAUCCAAAUGUUGUUUUGAUAGACCAAAUGAAGGAUGAUUAUUUCUCUGAGCAAUAUCCUAGAAGCAGCAGCAGGCCUUGGGGAGAGGAUCUCAACCUCCAACUUAGGUUCAUAUUUCUAAAAUUCUUUGCAUCAAUUUUAGGUGGCUAUCGCAAUUUCAUAGAAAAUACCGCGACUCAUGUCUUCAACACUCAGGCAUUCUUGAAGAAGCGAUCUCGUUCAACAAACCAACCACCAGAUCCAAUGAUUACCCAGUUCUUAGACUCCCAGGGUUUCUUAGAUUAUUUGGAGAGAGGUCUUGGGUCUGAAGAAAACGGCAACAAUCUCCUCGAUAAGUUACAAGAUGCAAUUGGCAGGGGUCAAAAUCCUUUAUCAAUUCUUCCCUCACUUUCGGCGGAACCUGAAAUUGUAACUAUUUCUGAUCCUGGUGUGGGAAUAUCAGGAUCGGGUGCAAAAUAUUGUUAUGAUAGGUUUCCGUCAAAUAUCAGAACUGAGGAACAGGAAGAGAAGAGGAAACAGAUUCUAGCUGCAGCAAGUGGGGCUCUUGAAUUAACUGGAAUCCAUACUCCUAGUUCACCUUCGGUGCCUGCUGGUAGAGACCCUAAAGCUGAAAGCUUAAGUCCUAGAGAGAGAGCUGCUGAAAGGGAGCGCAUGGUGCUGGACAUCCAAGUGAAGCUGCAGGGGUUAUGGUUACGUCUUUUGAAAUUGGGAGCAACUGAUGAUCCUCUUUCAUCAUUUGAGUAUGGAACUAUCCUUGCUUUGAUUGAGUCUGAUGCUGAGGGAAUUGGAGGCAGUGGUUUUGUUGAAUGUAUAAGAGAGCACAUUCAUUCGGGAUGGACCUGUCAAUUGACUGAUGAGCAGUUUAUUGCCGUGAAAGAACUGCUCAAAACAGCCAUUAGUCGUGCUACAGCUCGUAAUGACAUGGCAACUAUUAGAGACGCCCUUGAAGUGUCUGCUGAGAUGUACAAAAGGGACAUGAACAAUGUCUCUGACUAUGUUCAGCGACACCUUCGCUCUCUUUCUAUCUGGGAGGAGCUACGCUUCUGGGAAGGAUACUUUGACUGUCUACUGGACCGAUUUUCUAACAAGUCAACCAAUUAUGCAACAUUGGUAACAACACAACUUAUCAUUGUCGCGACACAUAUGGCUGGUUUAGGACUUACUGACACUGAUGCAUGGUACAUGAUCGAAACCAUUGCCGGGAAGAAUAAUGUUGGCUAUAAGCAUCUUAUAAAGCUUCGGGGAUUUCUAUCACAUAUUCGGAAAAUAUGCAUUGGGUAUUGGGGAAUGCAUUCUGUCAAAUCUCAAUCCAUGUCUUCAUAUGGAUUACCUUCUCCACGUUCACAAGAUGCUGCCGAUGGCACUCAGCAAUCUGCUGAGGCAACUGGUGUUGGAAGGAGCUGGGUUCAGAGCAUGUUUAGCAGGGAUACAACCUCUAGAACCAGCUCUUUUAGUCGUCCCUUAUCAAAUGAGAAUGGGACUCUUCACAGGGAUGUAUCCACGGCCGGGCAGAAAAAAGUGCAAACUAAUAUUCGAACACUAAGAGGUCAUAGCGGAGCAAUCACCGCUUUACAUUGUGUAACCAAAAGAGAAGUGUGGGAUUUAGUAGGUGACCGUGAAGAUGCAGGAUUUCUCAUCAGUGGAAGUACAGACUGCACGGUUAGGAUAUGGGAUCCAAGCAUUCGCGGUUCAGAACUCAAAGCAACUCUGAAGGGUCACACUAAAGCUGUUCGGGCAAUAAGCUCUGAUAGAGGAAAGGUGGUAUCCGGAUCAGAUGAUCAGUCUGUGCUUGUGUGGGAUAAGCAGACAGCUCAGCUACUAGAAGAACUAAAGGGCCACAAUUCGCAGGUCAGCAUUGUGCGCAUGCUCUCGGGUGAACGUGUUCUCACAGCUGCACAUGAUGGGACUGUGAAGAUGUGGGAUGUAAGGACUGACACUUGUGUUGCUACUGUGGGUCGUUGCCCAAGUUCAGUUUUAUGUAUGGAAUAUGAUGACUCCACAGGAAUCUUAGCUGCUGGUGGCAGGGAUGCGGUGGCAAACAUUUGGGACAUUCGUGCUGGAAGGCAAAUGCACAAGCUUAUAGGCCACUCAAAGUGGAUUAGGUCAAUCAGAAUGGUGGGAGACACAAUAAUAACAGGAAGUGAUGAUUGGACUGCCCGGUUAUGGUCUGUUUCUCAAGGAACGUGUGAUGCUGUUUUAGCUUGCCAUGCUGGUCCAGUUUUGUGCGUUGAGUACUCUAUGUCAGAUAAAGGAAUUAUAACAGGUUCAACUGAUGGACUGCUUCGAUUUUGGGAAAAUGAUGAGGGUAGUAUAAGAUGUAUCAAGAAUGUCACAAUUCAUACUGCUUCCAUAUUGUCUAUCAAUGCUGGUGAACACUGGCUUGGAAUAGGGGCAGCUGAUAACUCGAUGUCCCUUUUCCAUCGGCCUCAGGAGAGAAUUGGUGGUUUAUCUAGCACAGGUUCUAAGAUGGCUGGAUGGCAACUCUACAGGACUCCACAAAAAGCAGUUGCAAUGGUAAGGUGUGCUACUUCAGACCUUGAAAGGAAAAGGAUUUAUACAGAAAUCAAUGGAUUCCAAGGUUGUAUUGAGGAGGAGAGAGGGGGUCUUCUGGAAAUUAAGACAUAUUUUCGAUUGAUGAAUGGUGAAGCAGACACUGAGCUUCUUUCAUGGAUUUAUGGAAAAGAGAGUAACUGCUGCAACUGGGAGAGAGUCACCUGUGAUCCAACUACAAGCAGAGUAGUCGAGCUCGAUCUUAACAAUUUGCGAAUUUUAAAACCUCUUGAUCUCCAAGAUUAUUUUCUUAAUGUCUCCUUAUUUUACCCUUUUAAAGAAAUAAGAAUUCUUGAUUUAUCUGGAAAUGACUUGUGGAUUUCUGCUAAUGGUGCAGGUUUUAUAAAAUUGAAGAAGUUAGAGAAGUUAAACCUUGCUUUAAAUGCGUUCAACAACAGCAUCUUCGAGUCUCUAAGCACUCUCAAGCCGUUGAAGUUUUUGAACCUCAGUCACAAUAACUUUGAAGGGCUUCUUCCUGUACAAGAUCUAUCGGCUUUGUGGAACUUGAAAAUAUUGGAUUUAAGUCAUAACAGGUUUGAGGGUAACCUCUCGUUGCAAGAUACAGCAAGUUUAUCCCAGUUGAGAAAGUUGGAGCACCUAGAUUUAGGCACAAACAAUUUCGACAAGCACAUUCUGAAGUCAGUGAGCAAUCUAAAGUCACUCAUAUUCUUAUCAUUACAACAAAAUGAUAUGGAAGGUCCAAUUUCAAGUAACGAACUGGACAGCCUGAAUAAGAAUCUAGAAGUCCUAAUUUUAAGAGAUAAUCAACUGACUGGUCCUCUACCUAUUCAAGAUCUUACAUCUUUCAAGAACUUAAAGGUCCUAGAUUUGAGCAAGAACAAUCUCGCGGGGAGCGUACCUCAAAUUAUCGGGCUUAUGCCCUCCCUUUCGGCACUAUCAUUGGCAGAAAACAAUCUUACGGGUUUCUUGCCCAGUAAAGGUUUUUGUGAACUUAAAAACCUUCAAGAAUUAGACCUCAGUCUAAACACCUUUGAAGGACCGCUCCCUCAUUGUUUCACCAACUUGAGCUCUAUAAGAGUUUUAGAUCUUUCUAAGAAUCGAUUCAGAGGAGACAUUUCCUUCAUAAUAUCCAACCUCACAUCCCUGGAAUACAUGAGCCUAAAGGAUAAUGAAUUCGAGGGUAAAUUAUCACUUAGUUUAUUGGCCAAUCAUUCUAAACUGGAGAUCGUUGAACUGGUGAAUAUGGGAAAAAUGGAUGUUGAAACCGAAGAUUCAAAUUGGACCCCAAAUUUUCAGUUGAAAGUUCUUCUAUUGUCCAAUUGUAACCUUAAUAAACUCAGUGGCAAUAUCCCCAGUUUUCUUUCACACCAGUACAGGCUAAAAGUCAUUGAUCUCUCCCACAACAACCUGCGAGGAAAUUUUCCUAAUUGGUUGCUUCAGAAAAAUGUAGGAUUAGAAGUUUUGAACUUAAGAAACAACUCUCUUGUUGGCCAGUUAUCACUGCCUCCUCAUCAGAACAAUAGCAUUUAUUGGUACGAUCUGUCAAACAACCGCUUGACUGGACAGGUAGGGGAAGACAUGGGAAGAAAGCUUCUAAGCAUUGAAUACCUUAACCUAUCUAGAAACUAUUUCGAUGGUACCAUUCCAUCCUCAUUCUGCAAUAUGUCUAACUUGAUUCAAUUGGACUUGUCUUUCAACAACUUCUAUGGAGAAUUACCAAAAGAACUGAUUGCAGGAUGCAUCGAUUUAUCUGUUCUCAAAUUAUCCAGCAAUAAGUUCAAAGGGGAGAUAUUUGCUACUAGCUUCAAUUUGACAAGUAUAUUAGUAUUACGCCUAGAGGACAACCACUUCUCUGGAAUUGUGUCAAAUGUUAUAGCUAAGAGCUCUCUCAUGAGUAUAUUGGACAUUAGCAACAACAAUAUCUCAGGUGAAGUCAAUUGGAUAUCUAAUAUGACAGGCUUGAUGACUGUCCUCAUGCACAAUAACUUCUUGACAGGCCGGUUACCGUGUCAACUAGAGGUAUACGGACUCUUAGACAUUUCACAUAACUCUCUUUCGGGACCUUUACCAUCUUGCUCAAACAUGCUGGAUCAUAUAGUUUUACAGGGAAAUAAGUUCACCGGACCAAUACCAGAUGCUUUUCUAAAUUCAUCAUAUCUAACAGUGGAUAUGAGGGAUAACCUUCUGUCUGGUACGAUCCCCUACUCGUUCGAUGCGGUCUCCAACUUGAGGGUUCUUCUAUUGGGGUCAAAUCAGCUGAAUGGCUCCAUUCCCAACCACAUAUGUAAUUUGAACAAAGUCUCCAUGAUGGACCUGUCCCACAACAAAUUCUCAGGGAUUAUUCCUCAUUGCAUCAAUAACAUCUCUUUCGGGAAAUUUGGCAUAUACGAUCAAGUAUACAGCUUGCAUGCCUACUUUACAUGGAUAAAGCAUCCAAUCAGUACAUAUGGGAAUUUCUUGGUGAGGACUUAUGACCAACAGAAUGUAGAUGAUCUAUACAACGAAUUAGUUGAAGUCGAAUUUGUUACAAAAGGAAGGCCCGGCUCCUACAAGGGAGACAUCCUCAACUACAUGUCGGGAUUGGAUUUGUCAUGCAACAAUCUAACAGGAGAAAUCCCACGUGAAAUUGGAGAUUUGGGUUCACUUCAUGCAGCAAACUUGUCUCAUAACCAUCUCAAGGGUUCCAUUCCUAAAAUUGUCUCUCGUCUUUCCCAGAUAGAGAGUUUAGACCUUUCAUACAACAGAUUGAGUGGAGAGAUUCCACCAGAAUUGCUGAAUCUUCAUUUUCUGGAAGUGUUCAGUGUGGCUUAUAACAACUUGUCAGGUAAAAUUCCAGAAAUGAAAGCACAAUUUGGGACUUUUGACAGGAGCAGUUAUGAGGGAAAUCUGUAUCUUUGUGGACUUCCACUGGAAAAUCAAUGCUCUUCCAUUGGGGAGUCGCCAAAAUCAUCAUUUAGUUCAGAAAGAAGGGACAGGAAAUGGUACAAAAUAGAUAUAGAAGAUUUUUAUCCUACUUUUAUUGUUUCCUACAUCAUAUUCUUUCUGGCAGCAAUUGCUGUUUUUUAUAUGAAUCUCUCUUAG